GCUGCGUGUCUAUUAGGUGUAUUACCGUACAUGUGAGGACAUGGCAGCGGCCAGCAAACAGCAGCAGCUCCUCAACUCUCCCCGGCGGUCUCACCAAUGCCUCGAUGGAAAGGAAGUCAGUACUUGCGAUGGUCCAGCACCGUCACUCAAGCCCUCGUCCUGUCCGUUGUCACGUUUUGCGUCCUUCUCCCUCUGUGCUGCCAUCGACUGCUUUACUCUUACUUCUUCAUCAAGUCCAUGUACCUGGACUCCAUGAGUGAGGAGGUGCUGCGGGAAAGCCUCAACCGAGGCCAGGACGCGCUGCACUUCUGGCAGAGCGCCUCAACCGCAGCGGCGGUGUCUUCCAAAUUCAGUGACAUCGCCCAGCAUCCUGAGCUGCUGGUCACUGUUGUGACAGCCAGGCGGAAUGAGGGGCGGGACUUCCACUAUCUGCUCCAGGUGAUGCGUCAGCUGAGCGGCAUUCUGGGAGGCUGUGGAGAGCGGCGGUGUGCAGAGGUGUUGGUCUGCGACGUGGAAAGCGGCCCACACGAAAACCAGGACGCCAAGAUGCUGGAGGCCCACUUCAGGGUGAUCCGGCGUUCCCCUCGGGAGCAGCAGAGGAACAGGGAACGAAUCAACACCUUCGAGAGGGAGAAGAGGGAUUACGUCUUUUGUCUCCGCAAGGGAUGGGAGCUCGUGAAGCCCAAAAACAUGGUUGUUCUGGAGGACGAUGCUUUGCCGACGCAGGACUUUUUCGCAGUCGUAAAGGAUCUGCUGUCACGUCGGUUUGCCCUCCAGACUCUUUACAUAAAGCUGUAUCACCCUGAAAGGCUGCAGCGCUACUGGAACCCCGAGCCUUACCGCAUCCUGGAGUGGUUGGGACUCGGGCUGGUCGGAGCGACGGCCCUCCUCCUCACCUUUCCUUACUGGAACCCCUGCUCUUUCUCCUUCACGCUGUCGGCCGGCCACCUUCUCUUCUUCACCCUCUACUUCAUGGCUGCCACGGAGCUGCUGGGGCGGCACUACCUCCUGGAGGUGCGGAGGCUUUCCCCGCAGUUCUACGCCGUCUCCCCGGCCACAGAGUGCUGCACCCCAGCCAUGCUCUUCCCCGGCAACGCCUCGCUCAGGGUGGCCGAGUAUCUGGAUGGCUCGUUCUGCGUCAAGGGGAACGCCAAAGACAUGGUUCUGUAUCAGAUGGCGAGGACAAUCCCUGGGGAAAGGUCUCACAGUGUGGAACCCAACCUCAUCACCCACAUCGGGGCCUAUUCCUCAGUUAGGGCCAACCCAGCCAGGCCCAAACUCCUCUGACAGGGAGGGAACUCAGUUCAACAAGGCUGGAUUUAAUCAGGUUCCUCUUUACUUGGUUCUACUUCUCUUUUCUGCCAUGUCACCUGCUGGACUGUUCAGACAUCUGAAGAUAUCGCUCCGAGAGUAUUGGUUUGGUGAUUUAUGGCUGAAAAGCCAUCAAGGCAUCACGAUGAAAAGUGGGCUGCGUUUGGUUGAAAAGUAUUUUUAAAUGUGUAGCUUGUCUACACAGGGAGUGUGUUAGCUGCGUCUGACAAACGCUCCUAUUUUAAUCAAUACAGCGGUCUACAUAACGGCUCACAUCCUAUUAAAUUUACAUGCGUGUAACCGCAGCCUAAAGUGUAUUUUUACACUUCAACUAUUUUCUUCUUUUUUUACGCACAUAACUACAGUGAUUGUAUGUUUGGCUCAGAGCCAAAACACAGGUGAUCUACACUCAACACAGUACCUGAACACAUCCUGUGUAGACCCCGAAUCUGCUGCUGCUAUGCUAACGUGCUGCUUUUGAAGUGUCUACGUGUGCUGUGUAGACAUUGUGCUAUUUUUGUCUCAGUAGCAUUACAAAGACUUUAUAUCAAUGUGCAUUCCUGUCUCCUACAAAAUUACAUUACCAUACAACUAAACUGCAUUCUCAAUUAUGUUUCGAGGGAAACGUAUGUUUGGUUGCAGUUUUAAACCGUUUUAAACACGGGGUUAACGUUAUACAUUUAAACAAAACAAAACAAAACUACUUUGUUAGGUUUAGUAAAAAAAAAAAAAA